AUGGGUCCGAAGAGAGGCAAUGAAGCGCCUGUGUGUCAAAUAUGCAUGACCCAGCCAUCGAAGUACAAAUGCCCAUCUUGUCCAGUACGCUACUGUUCCGUAGCAUGUUAUAAAUCCCAUAAAGUAUCCCAUGAAGAGCCUUCUGCUCAAAACGAUCAAGCUCCAUCCGAAGCCUUACCGUUAACACUUCCGGCCACACCAACUGUAGAAGAUCCUCAACCUCCAAUCUUAGCAAACGAGGACGACGAACAGUCACAGUCACUACGUUCAUUGACAUCGCUACUAUGGCCGCCAGAACCUGAUCCGUCGAUAUUCACUGAUCCCUUAAAGAAGGAAGAUCCAAAGCCACUACGGCGGGAGGAACUACUGAGAAUCGCUACUUCUCCUUCACUUCGAGUCCUGCUUAAUCAACCUUCCUUACCCCCCAUUCUCCAAGCGUUAGAUUCGCUCCCAAGUCAUAAUCGACAUACAACAUUAUCGAGAUUACUCGGAUUAGAUACUAAAUCACUUUCGAAUACGGAUGGAAGUUCAAAAUCAUUCAUAACAGGGAGAGAUUCACCUCCACCUUUGGAAGAUUUGCUAUCUACCCUUUCAGGUUCAAAGGAAGAUCAACACGUCGUGGUGGAAGGUGAAAAUGGUUGGUGGUUGAAUUACCCAUCUCGAGAAUCAGGAGGGGGAAGGGUCUGGAUUGGCGAAGAAGAGAAGAAAUUGGUUAGAUUAUUCGCUGGUGCAGUUUGUCAAGCUAUAGAUGGAACUCAAGAAGGUCAAGAAGAACUGAGUUGGGGUGAAGGUGCAUUGGAAUGGCAAGUGUAA